GUAUGGACUUGGGUGAUGCCAGUCUUGCCUGCGUGGGCUGAAGGAAGGAUGAUGGCAUCGUACCCCAACAGAUAGCCUCUCGUCAUGGGCAACAAGGUCAGCUUCAGCGUGAGCAGCAGACACAGCGUCCAGGCGCCGUCCCGUACACAGAGUCAGGCCAGUCUCCCGCGCCGGCCGGCCAGCUGCGGCAGUCUGUACAGCAGUACUGAUAGUCUGCACAGGAAAUGGCUGCGAGCCUCACGACGCAGACGCAAGCACUCCACACUCACCAACGAGUACAGACUGGCACGGACCUCAUGGCCAGUGCCCCAACUGGAGGCACUCUUCCUGCCAGAGUACGGGAUAAAACAGGGCGUGACAGAGCGGGACUUUGAUGUGAUCGGCAUCAUCGCCAAAGGAGCGUUCGGGGAGGUCCUAAAAGUGGAGAAGCGUGACUCUAAGAAAGUGUACGCCAUGAAACUGAUGCCGAAGUCGGAGGUGAUGCGGUACAACGCCGUGCAACAGGUCAAGGAUGAGGCCAGCAUCCAGACUCUUCUCGGCCAUCACCCGUUUGUGGUGCAGGUGUACUACUGCUGGCAGACCCGUAAGGACCUGUUCCUGGUCGCAGACUACAUCCCUCACGGCGACCUCUUCACCAUCUGGACGCUGGAGGCGCCCAUGCAGGAGCCCGUCGUGCAGAUCUUCGCCGCCGAGAUCGCCCUCGGACUCGACUUCCUCCACAGCGCCGGCGUCAUCUACCGAGACCUCAAGAUGGAGAACAUCCUCUUAGACGACAAGCGGCACGUCCGGCUUGGAGACUUCGGGCUGUCCAAGUGGCUGACUCUGGGCAGUUUCACCAGGACCAUAUGCGGGACCAUGCAGUAUAUGGCUCCGGAGAUACUGAAGGGCCAGCCCUACACUCACGCCUGCGACUGGUACUCCUUUGGAGUGCUCAUCUAUACCCUGUUGUCGGGUAGAUAUCCCAUCGAGGCAGCUAUCGACCACACCGCCAUGGCUGAUCGUGUGGCUGGCUUCUACUUCAAACCACUCCAGGAGCUCUCCACUCCCGCCAACUGCCUGGUCUCCAAACUCAUGCAGAAGGACCCCAAACAGAGACUUCAGACCCUGGAGGUCCUCGAAGAGGAGACGUUCUUCCAGGAGUUGUCGUUUGAAGACGUCUUGGCCAGGAGGUACGCCCCGAGGCUCAUCGAUAAGAACGAGGCCGAGGAUUCGCCCGCCAUGACCAGGAUAGCAGCGGAAAAGAAAAGGCACUCGAAAAAGUAUCAAAUGGACGACCUGAUGUUCCAUGACUUUGAUUGGUCGGAUGUGAAUGAGCUCAUUGAUGGGUUAGCAUUUUCAAAGUAGAUGAACCCGCCCCCCC